GGCUUGCUUUCAGCAUAGCAUGGGUUUAAAGUAGGACUGGGUUUUCCAUUUCGACAAUCGCCGUAGACUAUAGUAUGAUAAUGUAUUUGAUUUGUGUUUCUUUACAAUCUGGCAUUUGAAAACAUGAGGAUAUGAACACGUGGGAUUAAAGCAGUAGAUCGUGUUUGAGCUACUUGAUAGCCUGAACAGACUCAACACUGUCUUAUGUAGACCUCCUUAAGAAGUUAUUAUACACCGGAAUUCUGAAAAUACAGCUAAAGGAUAUAAAAUCAUUUUACAACCAGAAAUGACAGUUAUUACAAAGCUGAGGCCAAAAAUAUAUGUAAAAAUGGAGGUACAGACACUAGUGUGGGUUUGUUUAGUGUUAUUGACAUUUUGCACAAUUGCAGAUUCACAGGCUAACCAAUGUUAUAUACGAGAAGGGCAAUGCUCAUAUAAUAUACAACUCAGCCAUGGGUGUCAGGACCAAGAUAAAUUAUCUAAUGUCGUACCAGAAAACGCCGAGAAGGCGUAUGAAAUGAGUUUAAGUGUCAAAGAUACUCAAUUAAAACAAGAACAACGAAUUCUUGAAUUAGAAAGAAGAUUACAAGAAGCAUUAAGUGGUUCGAAUAAUCAAAUUCCUGGUGCUAAAGGGAUUGUAAUAAAUACAGGGGGACCGUUUAAAGAGGACGGGACCCGAAUCGAAAUUGGUCUCCUCAACACGCUUUACUCUCAGUUCACUGAACUUCGGACGGAAUUAAAUGCUACAAAAAUCGCACUGUUGAGGUCGCAGGCAGCAUUAAAUCAGACCCAGAGAGCAUUAAAUAUUACCGAGGCAAAUUUAUUAAUAACAACCCAAAAACUAAUUCGUGCUGAUAGAAGAAUCGAUUUCCUAGAGGAUGAAAAUAGAAGACUUAAGUUACGUCUCCAAGAGGUAACUUUCCAACUAUUCCAAACAAAGACAAAAUUGGAUCGAACAAUACGUAAACUAUUCCGGGCUGAGCUGGAUUUAGGUGUUGCGCGUAAAGAAAAUGAGGAGCUCCGAAAAGAGCUGAUACAUACGCGCCGACGGGCUCAUACACUAGAGACGAGACUCAACCAAACAGUGACGCAGUACAGAAUCUUAUUGCAGGAGCAUGAAGAGCUCAAUGUAACCCUACAAGAAACACGCUUAAAACUAAUUGAAUGCUAUAACUCCAAGACUACUUCAUUCUGUGGUUUUGAAGACCCGGGCAUUUGCGGAUUUACCCAAGAAAGGAAUGGUACGGAUAGUCUGGACUGGUGGAGAAGGUCGAAAGCAACACCAUCGGCUCUAACAGGGCCCAGUACGGAUCAGACUUGCAAUAGCCCAAAAGGCUAUUAUCUAUACAUCGAGGCAUCUGCGCGGGGCAGGGGUCAAAAAGCCAGGGUCAUGUCGCCUAAAUACUACGGGUAUGGAGCGCAAUGUUUCGAAUUCUACUUCCACAUGUAUGGGAGAAACACGGGUACCUUGAAUGUCUUCACAAGAGGAACAGAUCAGGUAGAGGCAUCCGAGCCAGUGCCAGUUUGGCGUGCAUAUGGUAACCAGGGUGACGUCUGGACCAAAGCAAAACUGGACAUAGACGCCCGAAGUGCAUUCUUUGGUUAUCAGGUUGUUUUUGAGGGUAUCUUAGAGACAGGAUAUCAAGGAGAUAUUGCAAUAGACUCAAUCAAAGUACACGAUGGAUUAUGUAGUGUAACAGAUAGUUUGUAUAAGAAACCCAGAGGUGAAGAUUAUGAUGAGCAUUUUGAGGAUUACCCAUAAUACCUUUCGGGCACUUUUACUUCCGAUUAUACCAUGAACCUAUAAAAUAUCCAAAAUAGAAGGAAAAAUAAACUCAAACGCCCACACACAUAAUUUUCUUAGAUAUAAUGUAACCAUGUUGUUAUUGUUCGCAAUUCCAAGAUCUCAAGAACAGCCAUUAUAAAAAAGAUGACAAAUAUGUAUGUUCAAUAAUGUACAAAGAUUAUGUAAAUAGUGUAAAUACGUUUUUCAUAUUGUAAAAUUGUGUGUAACAUAUAACACUUAUAAUUAACUUUAAAUUAUCUCCUAUGCCACUUCACUGCCACAAACGUAAUACCUCUGAACGAGAUUGACUGUCUUAGUUUUGUAUUGUGAGAAUAUAUAUUGCAUAGUAAAGGUACACAAUAGUAUACAAAAA